UCUUUUGAAAAGGAGUUAAAAAUAGUAUGGUGAAGUGAAAGUAGAAGAUAGUCGAGGAAAUUCAAAUUGCGUGUAACUUGAUCCAAAAUGUCUGGAGGAUCCCCUGACAUUCUGAAAUUAGAUUUGUAUAAAAUUCUCAACGUGAAUGAGGAUGCCACUGAAAAAGAGAUUUUGAAAUCCUACAGAAAACAGGCUUUGAAAUGCCACCCUGAUAAAAAUCCCGAUGACCCCAAAGCUGCUGAGCUGUUUCAUCAGUUAGCAAAGGCACUUGAAAUUUUGACAGAUGCUGCUGCUAGGGCUGCAUAUGAUAAAGCUCAAAAGGCCAAGAAAGCUGCAGAAGCCCGUCACAAGGAACUUGAUAGUAAACGCAAAAAGUUCAAAGAAGAUCUAGAGGGCAGAGAAAAGGCUGCAAAUAUUCAAACAGAAUUAGAUUUAACAUUGAAAAGAAAUCUACAAGCAGAGAUUGAAAGAUUACGUAAAGAAGGUUCAAAGCUAUUAGAGGAGGAGCAAGAGAGACUGAGGGAGGAGAUCAGGGAGGGACAGAAAAGAUUGGAGCCAGAUGAGGGGGCAAAUAAUGACAGCAGUGUUCCUGACACCCCUAAACUAAAGGUGAAGUGGAAGUGUAAAAAGAAUGAUGAUACAAAUGGAGGUUAUAGCUCAGAAAUUCUGACAGAUCUCUUCAGCAAGUAUGGAGAUGUCCUUAAUCUCAUUAUGUCAAAAAAGAAAGGAGGAACUGCUAUUGUGGAGUUUGGUUCAUGGGCUGAAGCUGAAGAUGCAAAGGAACAUGAGAAAGGUUUAUCGGGUAAUCCCCUGACGUUGUCAUGGAUACAGCCUCCUCCUGAGAGACCCCCACACACAGGGAAUCCCCGGACUGCGUCAGGUCCCCAGCACACAGCUGAUAGCUUUACAAGCAAUGAGUUUUCAUCCUAUGCUCCUAGUACUACCUCAAGUGCCCGAGAUUUUGAGAGUUUAGUUUUACACAAACUCCGACAGGCCGAGGAGAGGAAGAGGUUGAUAGAACAAAUGCAGAAGGAGGAUGAAGAAGGGUGAUUACUAGGCCUC